AUGUCUCAUGUUAUUUUAUUGAUUAUUCACCCAAUCUGUAAUUUGUUUAAUCUGUCAUCUUCAUCACUGCAUCUUCAUCACUGCAUCUCCAUCACGGCAUCUUCGUCACGGCAUCUUCGUCACUGCAUCUUCGUCACGGCAUCUUCGUCACUGCAUCUUCGUCACUGCAUCUUCAUCACGGCAUCUUCAUCACUGCAUCUUCCUCACGGCAUCUUCAUCACUGCAUCUUCGUCACGGCAUCUUCAUCACUGCAUCUUCGUCACGGCAUCUUCGUCACUGCAUCUCCGUCACUGCAUCUUCGUCACUGCAUCUUCGUCACGGCAUCUUCGUCACUGCAUCUUCGUCACUGCAUCUUCAUCACGGCAUCUUCGUCACUGCAUCUUCGUCACUGCAUCUUCAUCACGGCAUCUUCGUCACUGCAUCUUCAUCACGGCAUCUUCGUCACUGCAUCUUCAUCACUGCAUCUUCGUCACGGCAUCUUCAUCAUUGCAUCUUCGUCACUGCAUCUCCGUCACUGCAUCUCCAUCACUGCGUUCUUCAUCACUGCAUCUUCAUCACUGCCUCUCCAUCACGGCAUCUUCGUCACUGCAUCUUCAUCACUGCAUCUUCGUCACUGCAUCUUCAUCACUGCAUCUUCAUCACUGCCUCUUCAUCACGGCAUCUUCGUCACUGCAUCUUCAUCACUGCAUCUUCGUCACUGCAUCUUCGUCACUGCAUCUCCAUCACUGCCUCUUCAUCACGGCAUCUUCAUCACUGCCUCUUCAUCACGGCAUCUUCGUCACUGCAUCUCCGUCACUGCAUCUUCAUCACUGCAUCUUCAUCACUGCAUCUCCAUCACUGCCUCUCCAUCACUGCCUCUCCAUCACGGCAUCUUCGUCACUGCAUCUUCAUCACUGCAUCUUCGUCACUGCAUCUUCAUCACUGCAUCUUCGUCACGGCAUCUCCGUCACUGCAUCUUCAUCAAGGCAUCUUCAUCACUGCAUCCGGCAUCUCCGUCACUGCAUCUUCAUCAAGGCAUCUUCAUCACUGCAUCUUCAUCACGGCUUAUAG